CUAUAUGAUGUUACAAUCUGUGGAAUUUUGGUGGUAAAUUUUCUGAUAGCUUUAAUUUUCUUUUUCCCUCUGAAGAGUACAGAACAAAUUUUUAAAUUGAAAAAUUAUUCUUUUAGUGAAAUGUUUAUGAAGAAUUGGAAUUUUCAGAUGGAAGGUAAGCCUCCAAAAUUAUGGCUGGCAUGGAUUUACAGGAAUUACUUGAAAGAUCCAGCUUAUAUCAGAAAAAAAGUCGAAAAAUUGUUUGGAAAAAAUGCUGAACCUGGUAAAAUGUUUAUAUUCAAGAACACGGCAUCACAAAAUGCGGAGCUGUGGCCCUUAAAACAUAUUAUUGAAAUACGCCCAUUAACAUUUCCGAAUGGUGAACCAACAAUUGACGAUGUGAAUGCCCUGGAAGUAAGCGUAAAUUUCAAUUUAUAUAAAAGAAAAAUCGCGUUAGGUGUGCCUAAUAUUUUUUAA